UAUCAGAGAUAUCACUCAUUCCUCUGAGUUGUUCGUGCCGCAUUGGAAUAUUUUUUUUUAAAUUCUAUGGGUAUUCAAAUCACUGAAACGAAAACGCAUCGUUUUUGAUUUUAUGAUUACUGUCCCGUCCGUUUCUACCGUUAAAUACGAACUUAGCACUUGAACCAUUGUAUAAACCAUUCAAAAUCUCAAUCGCAAUGUCAGCAGAACCAACCGUGAACGGAAGCGGCAGUCCCGAGGAGCAAACCGAUGGUGUGGACGACGUGAACUCCAAAAAAAUCAAUAAGUACGACAGUGGAGCAGCCGAUCUAGAGAAAGUAACCGACUAUGCCGAAGAAAAAGAAGUCAUCUCGACUGACGACAUCUCUGGGGCCAUGACCAUAAUCGGCGAUCGAAGGUUAAAAGAAGCAGCAGACAAAAUAGCCAAAGAAAAAGAAUUACAAAAAGUUUCUAUUAAGAAGUCUGAUGUCGAGCUUAUUAUAAGAGAAAUGGAAAUAUCGAAAACGCUGGCCGAGAGAACGUUGAGGGAAUGUCACGGAGAUGUGGUCGAAGCCUUAGUGGCUCUGACAAAUUAAAAAACGAAGAUCGAGAUUGCAUUUUUCUAGUAAAAAUAAAAGAUAAAAAAAAAAUCAAUAAAAAAUAUAUGAAACGCUGUAAAUAUCAAAUCAUGUGUUCGAACGACGUAAGCAAAUAAAAUAUGAAAAAAAAGAAAAAAAAAAAACACGUUUAACGCGAUUAUCCGGAAUAUUGUGUACCUAAUGUGUUUUCAAAUAUACGUUUAUUUUUACUCCCA